AUGGCACACAAAGCGUUUUUACUAUUCGGCCUCUUCACUGUUGUUUUCACGUUACCAUCGAUCACUUUUGCAGAAGCACUUGCGCCUAUUCUCGACGUUGCUUCACUCAAUCGGAGCAGCUUUCCGGCAGGCUUUGUUUUUGGGACAGCAUCUGCGGCGUACCAGUACGAAGGUGCAUAUAGAGAGGGUGGCAGAGGACCAAGUAUAUGGGAUACUUUCACCCAUAAAUAUCCAGAUAAGAUACAGGAUAGAAGCAAUGGAGAUGUAGCAAAUGACGAAUAUCACCACUACAAGGAAGAUGUUGGGAUUAUGAAAUAUAUGAACCUGGACGCGUACAGAUUCUCUAUCGCUUGGUCAAGAAUCCUUCCAAAAGGAAAGCUUAGCGGAGGUAUAAACAAAGAAGGUGUCAAAUACUACAACAAUCUCAUCAACGAGCUGUUGGCUAACGGUCUACAACCAUUUGUGACUCUUUUCCAUUGGGACCUUCCCCAAGCUUUGGAAGACCAGUAUGGUGGCUUCUUGAGCCCUCACAUAGUAAAUGAUUUUCAAGACUAUGCGGAGCUUUGUUUCAAAGAAUUUGGAGAUAGGGUGAAACAUUGGAUUACUUUAAAUGAGCCAUGGUCUUUCAGUAAUUCUGGCUAUGCAACUGGGUCGCUUGCACCAGGUCGAUGUUCAAAAUGGCUGAAUCCAAAUUGCACCGGUGGUGAUUCGGGGAAAGAGCCUUAUUUGGUUACACAUCACCAACUUCUUGCUCAUGCAGGAGCUGUUAAAGUGUAUAGAGAGAAGUAUAAGGUAUCUCAAAAAGGAGUGAUAGGCAUAACCCUGGUGUCUCAUUGGUUUGUGCCAUUUUCAGAUAACAAAUUAGAUAAAGAAGCUGCCGAACGAGCAAUUGAUUUCAUGUUUGGAUGGUUUAUGGAACCAUUGACAAGAGGAUACUAUCCACAAAGCAUGCGUUCCUUAGUUGGUAAACGAUUGCCGCGGUUUUCUAAAAACCAAGCCAAGCUUAUCAAGGGCUCAUUUGAUUUUAUUGGACUAAACUAUUACACCACUAACUAUGCUGCCAAUGCACCUCAACUAAGCAACGCUAGACCCAAUUACCUUACAGAUUCUCUUGCAAAUCUUACAACUGAACGCAACGGGAUUCCUAUAGGUCCAAUGGCUGCUUCUACUUGGUUAUAUGUAUAUCCCAGAGGAAUUAGAGAACUGUUGCUCUACACCCAAAAUAAGUACAACAAUCCUUUGAUUUUCAUCACAGAAAAUGGUGUUGAUGAGUUCAAUGAUCCAACGUUGUCACUUGAGGAAGCCCUUCUAGAUACCUUUAGAGUUGACUAUUAUUAUCGUCAUCUCUUUUAUCUUCGAUCAGCAAUUAGGGACGGCGUAAACGUAAAAGGAUAUUUUGCAUGGUCAUUGCUGGACAAUUUUGAAUGGUCUAAUGGUUAUACAGUACGGUUUGGAAUAAACUUUGUGAAUUACACAACUCUGGAGCGAUAUCCAAAGCUCUCGGCAAAAUGGUUCAAGAAUUUUUUAAGAAAAUAUUAG